AUGAUUAAAGGUGAACAUAUACCAGGAGUAAUUUUAGAAGAUGAUGAUCAUAAUUCAUCAUCAACGAAAAAAUUUGAUCAAAAAAGAAUAAAUCAAAAAACUGAAUUAACAAAACUUGCUGGAGGUACACGUACUACACGUACACCUCUUCCUACGGAUUAUUCGAAUUCAGAUGUAAUCGGAGGAUUUAUUAACACUUCAUUUCAUCCAGAUGUCGAUGAAUCAGGUUCAAUGACAUUAUCAAAUCAACCAUUUCAUCCGAUUCAUCGGAAAAAUAAUGAACCAAAAAAUAUUUCGGUCGAUGUACGACCAUCAACUAGUAAAUCGAUACAAUCUCGAACAGUACAAGCGUCAAAAGGUUCAAUACAAGUUUUAUCUGAUGCGACUAUUACACACAGUACUGAUGAUGGUUUUGCAAGAAAUGAGGAUAAUCAGUAUGAUGAUUAUCAACGUCCUGCUAAACAAGCUCGUCGUCGUCGUCGUCUUUCUCAUAGCAAACGAAAUUCUUCUUCGUCUGUGUCAUAUAGUGAUGAUGAUGUGUCAGAUAUUGAAAGUGAAGCAAUUUCUAAAACUUUUCUUCGUCAUACUUCAGAUUCUGAUGGUGAAACUGACACAACUGUUAUAAGACCAUGGACACCAACAUUACAAAAUGUUAAUGGAAUGUCAUCAACGAAUCAAAGUGUCACAAACGAUAAUAAUGAUAAUGAAAAUUCUCCACAAUUAACACUUGCAUUACGUACAUUAUUUGACAUGAUUACAGAAGAUUUAGAUAACUUUGUUUAUUCACCUGCACCAAAUGGUCUUAGUGAUCUUCAAUGUCGUAUAACACGCGAUAAACGAGGUAUGGAAAAAGGUCUUUUCCCAACAUAUUAUAUGCAUAUUGAAAGACCUGGUGAUGGUAAAAAGUUUUUUUUACUUGCUGGACGUAAACGUCGACGUAGUGCAACAUCAAAUUAUUUAAUUUCAACAGAUGCAACUGAUUUAUCACGUGAUGGUGAGAGAUUUAUUGGAAAAUUAAGAUCAAAUAUGUUAGGUACACAUUUUACUGUCUAUGAUCAAGGUUCAAAUCCAAAAAAGAAUAUUCCAAUAGAACAACAAAGACGAGAAUUAGCUGCAAUAGCUUAUGAAACAAAUAUAUUGGGUUUUAAAGGUCCACGUAAAAUGACAAUUAUUAUUCCGGGUAUGAGUAGUGAUCAUCACCGAGUUGAAGUUCGACCAAAAAAUGAUUCAGAAGGUUUAGUUGAACGGUGGAAACGAAAUGAUAUGACUAAUUUACUUGAAUUACGUAAUAAAGUACCUGUUUGGAAUGAAGAAACGCAAUCAUAUGUACUGAAUUUUCAUGGACGUGUAACUCAUCCAUCAGUUAAAAAUUUUCAAGUUGUUCAUGAUAAUGAUCAAGAAUAUGUAUGUAUGCAAUUCGGACGAGUUGAUGAUGAUGUAUUCACUUGCGAUUUUAAAUAUCCAUUAUGUGCUGUUCAAGCAUUUGGUAUUGCACUAUCUUCUUUUGAUGGUAAAUUAGCUUGCGAAUAA